UAUUACAUAAAGUUUAAAAUUGGCGCCAUGUGCACCGAACAGCCGAGCACAUCCGUGUUCUUUCUCUUUCUAGUCUCUUUCUAAUACUUGUCAACAAUACGUAUCAUUCAAAAUGGUUAAUGUACCUAAACAACGCCGUACGUUUUGCAAGAAAUGUAAGGUCCACAAACCUCAUAAAGUAACCCAAUAUAAAAAGUCAAAGGAACGUCAUGCAUCUCAGGGCAGAAGACGUUACGACCGAAAACAGCAAGGUUUUGGAGGACAGACAAAACCUAUCUUCCGUAAAAAGGCAAAAACCACAAAGAAAAUUGUACUAAGGAUGGAAUGUACCGAAUGUAAAUAUCGUAAACAAAUUCCUCUUAAGCGCUGCAAACAUUUUGAACUUGGAGGUGAUAAGAAGCGCAAAGGACAAAUGAUCCAGUUUUAAGUGAAUUAUUAUUGUACAAUUUAACUUUAACAUUAAAACCAAUGUUUUUGUGAAAA